AUGUCGGCUCUCAGCACGUUGCCCUUCCUGAAGCCAGUGCACCUGCGGUCGCCCCGCAGCUCGCCCGGGGGCCAGCGCCGGCACACGCUGCCCGCCAGCGAGUUCCGCUGCCUCAGCCCCGAGGAUGCUGUCAGCGUGUUCGAGAUCGAGCGUGAAGCCUUUAUAUCAGUUUCUGGGGACUGUCCCCUGCACCUGGAUGAGAUCCGCCACUUUCUGAGCCUGUGCCCGGAGCUGUCCCUCGGCUGGUUUGAGGAAGGGCGGCUGGUGGCAUUCAUCAUCGGCUCCCUCUGGGACCAGGAGAGGCUCAGCCAGGCAGCACUGACCCUGCACAAGCCGCAGGGCUCAGCUGUGCACAUCCACGUGCUGGCCGUGCACCGCACCGUCCGCCAGCAGGGCAAGGGCUCCAUCCUGAUGUGGCGUUACCUGCAGCACCUGCGCUGCCUGCCCUUCGCCCGCCGCGCCCUGCUCAUGUGCGAGCACUUCCUCGUGCCCUUCUACCAGAAGUGCGGCUUCGAGGCGCUGGGGCCCUGCGAGGUGACCGUGAGGGACCUGGCCUUCGUGGAGAUGCAGCACCCCGUGCGGGGACACGCCUUCAUGCGCAGGAACAGCGGCUGCUGAGGCCCCUCCGCUCUCGCCUGCCUGGGGGGAUGAGAGGCUGCAACCUCUCUCCAUCCCCACCACUGUGAUCCAUCUUCCCUGGCUGGCCCUGGAUACAGCUCUCCCUCUGUCACAUCCGCCUUCCAGCCACAUCAGCCUGGCCCCGUCCCAUCCCUGCAGGGCUGGGCACAGAAAUUCCUGCCAGAUCCUGCUGGAAGCAUCGAUUCCCCGGGUUCUGCUUUAGCCAGGGCUGUGCUGGCAGG